GCAUAGAAAUUGUUCAAAACAACGAAAUUAUACUGUGAAGUCGAAACUCAUAUUUCAGGUUUGUUUAACCGUCAGGACAUUUUCUAAUCCAUAAUUGUCUGAAAAUUAACGAAACUAUUAUUAAUUGCCCGAAAGCUUACUUAAUUCAAAAACUGCAAGUAAGUUCCAGACCGCGAUCUAAACCAUCAAGCCAUGUCGCCAGGAAGUCUACCGGUGAUAGACUUAGGCUUGCUGUCGAGCCCAGAGGGCAGGGAGACGCUGCACCAGCAGGUGUACGACGCACUCACAGGACCAGGGUUCCUGUACCUGCAGGGGGUGCCUGCUUACGAUCCUGACGAACUGCACGAGUGCACCCAAUGGUUCUUCAAGCUUCCGCUGGAAGAACGGAUGAGGAUCAGCAAGAAAAUGUUCGUGCCCAGCAGUUCCUACACGUACAGGGGAUUCUUUCCUGUCCAGCUUGGUAAACAGUCGCAUAAGGAAGCAUUUGAGGUCGGCUCAUUCAUGGAGGGGCCAGGGUCGUCCCCGUAUGAGUGGGCCAAGUUCUUCUUCGAAGACAACCAGUGGCCCAGAGAUCCUCCCGACAGUAAACCUUUUGCCAGAAUUUUCCGGGAGCGAAUGGAAAAAUACUACCAAGUGUUCACCGACGCCGGCAUGACACUACUGCAGCUUGUGGCAGGAGCUUGGGGGGCAGAGAAGGAUACACUCACAAAACUGUUCGGGUCAACCCAUCUCUCCACCUUCAGGCUCAUUCGCUACCCUUCGAGAGGGUCGGACCUGCCUGAGUGUGCCCUCAAAGACGACAUCGUCCUUCAGUGCGAUGAACAUCAGGACUCCGGUUUUGUGACUAUGCUGGAGACGUUCGGGUACCCAGGGCUGCAGCUGCAGACCGCGGAGGGGACCUGGCAAGACGUAGAGUACCGCAAGGGUUCGCUCAUCGUCAACAUCGGGCUGUUGCUUUCUAAGAUUUCUGGUGGGCUUAUCAAGGCUACGCACCAUCGAGUGGUCGACUGCGGUGCAGAGAGAUUUUCGGUUCCGUUUUUCCUGGAGCCAAGAUUUGACGCAAACGUCAACGUAACACUGACGCCUCCCGCCUGCCUAACCAAGACGAAAGACACCGUGGUGCUCCUGCCGUCUGGUAAACCUUUACCCUACGGAUCUUGGCUCCUAAAAAAUCUCGUGGGCUUCAUUGAGUACAAAAGCCUGGAGAAAUACUUGAAGGAUGCAGAAAAUGUUUAGAUAGGUUUAACAUCGAUUGCGCCCGGCUGCUGAGAACGCCUUGGGUACAUAAGCAAGGCUUGCAUAGUUAACUAUUUUAUGUAUGGGCAACACUUGCAUACGUUGAACUGCAGUUCGGUAGUUCGUGAUUCGACAUGUGUAAAAGUAACAUUUGAUAUUCAAGACAAUGCAUAAUUAGAUUCUAUUACACACUUCUGUGUUCGGGCUUUUUCAUUUCUGAAUAAUCUAUUUCCACGUCGGUGGUCUGUGAGUUGUCCAUACGUUUUGAUUUUAAUCUAUUUCUCAUUCUCAAGGUAAUAUUUAUGCCCACGGCCACAGGCUAGCUUCCCAGUAAAAAUCGGGCAGUAAAUUUUAUUAACGUUUCGGAGAAUUUGUACGCCUCAGCUUAAUAAUUGAUCACAAUUAUAUAUGCUGUGAACCUGAUAUUCUUUAAAAAUCAACAACGCAAUAUAACAACAAUGGCAUUGGCAACC